CUUUUCUAGUAUUGCUCCCCCAUCCGGCAAAACUUUCUAUUUCCACACACACACACACACAAACACACACACACACAGAGGCGCGCGCGCACACACACACACAUACACACACACUGACGUCUUUUGCGCAUUUCCUGCAUUAGACACACACACACACACACAGGAGGAGAGAGAGGGAGGGAGAGAGACGGAGAGACAGCCGAACAGAGCUAGGGGGAGCGAGUGUCAGAGGCCGAGCUAGAACGUAGGGAGGUGGGGCUAAAGCCGAAAGCUCCGGGAGCCCCAGCCCCAGCAGCUCCUGGUGAGUACUGAGUUAGUGCCUGCCUGGCCUGCGAGGUGGAGCCCCGGCGGCGGCGGCGGCGGCGGCGGCGGCGGCUGGAGCUGCAGCUGCAUCAGUAGCAGCAGCAGCAGCAGCAGCACAGCAGCAGAGCAGCAAAGCAGCAAAGCAGCAAAACAGCCCCCCAAAUCCUGUGCGGAUGUAAGGUUCUUGGCUUUUGGCGUUUCUCGAAUACAGACUGAGGGUGAAGAAGGGCAACAAGAAGAAGGCAAAGAGGGGUUGGGAGGAAGCAGUGGGAGGUGUGUGUGUGUGUGUGUGUGUGUGUGUGUGUGUGUGUGUGUGUUUUGCAGAGGGGGUGUUUGUGCAUGUGUAAUUUAAGGUUAAAAUUUUUUUUCUUAAGAGGAUUAUUUCCUAUCGACAUGCAUCUCUCUUUAUAUUUAUAACAUCCCUCCUUUCAUCUACAGACACACACAGAUACACACAUUCACACACACCCCUCCUCUCCUGGAGGCGCAGAAGCUGGAUUUGCUAGGAGGAUCCGGGUCGAAUUCUAAAUUGUACUCCCUCCCCCCUUCCUCGUUCCUGCCUCAUUUCCCUCCCUAUCGAGCACCCCCGCCAAAGCAAUAAUUUCCCGGGGAUUAUGCUUCUGAAAGGUAGGUAAGAUCUGGGCGCAGCGCCCACUCUACCCCCACCGUCCUAGACACUAGGAGCAUUAGAGAGGCGAGGGAGAGCCUAUAGAGUAUAUAUAUUUCUACAUAUAUAUAUAUAUAUAUACACACACCAUAGGUGUGCUGGGGAGGGGGGGAGAGGGGAGAGGCUUGAUCCAAAGACGGACGUCCCUCAGCUCUCCCCCCAUCCCUAUCCCUCCCUCCCUCCCUGUUUUCCGUUAGGAUACCAGCGAGGAAAUAAAUGCACUCGCUGGGAAUCGCCAGAACCACGGCGAAGCACUACAAGGUAUAGGUAGGGUGUAGGCGUGUGUGUGUGCGUGAGUGUAAACCGGAGAGAGGUGGGCGGGGGGUGAGAGAGGGGACCCAGACGUCCCCAUCCCUCCCGCCCCAAGAAGUCCCCCACCUCACCAACCCUUCCUCCCAGCUCCAGGAGUCCUUGUUUAUUUCUCGCUGAACUCUUGGUCUGAGAGACCCCGGCCCUUUUGCCCCCCCAUCCCUAUCCCCCACCCUCACCGGCCCUCCUUCGACCAUGGUAGUUUUCAAUGGCCUCUUGAAGAUUAAGAUCUGCGAGGCCGUGAGCCUGAAACCCACAGCCUGGUCAUUGCGCCAUGCGGUGGGACCCCGGCCUCAGACAUUCCUCUUGGACCCUUACAUCGCCCUCAACGUCGAUGACUCGCGCAUCGGACAGACGGCCACCAAGCAAAAGACCAACAGCCCGGCCUGGCACGAUGAGUUUGUCACCGACGUGUGCAAUGGACGCAAGAUUGAACUGGCCGUCUUCCACGAUGCCCCCAUCGGGUACGACGACUUCGUCGCCAACUGCACCAUCCAGUUUGAGGAGCUGCUGCAGAACGGGAGCCGCCACUUCGAGGACUGGAUUGACCUGGAACCAGAAGGAAGAGUGUAUGUGAUCAUCGAUCUCUCUGGGUCAUCAGGUGAAGCACCCAAAGACAAUGAGGAACGAGUGUUCAGGGAGCGAAUGCGGCCAAGGAAGCGGCAGGGGGCUGUCCGCCGCAGGGUCCAUCAGGUCAAUGGCCACAAAUUCAUGGCCACUUAUCUUCGGCAGCCCACCUACUGUUCUCACUGCAGAGACUUCAUCUGGGGUGUCAUAGGAAAACAGGGAUACCAAUGUCAAGUUUGCACUUGCGUGGUUCACAAGAGAUGCCAUGAGCUUAUAAUAACGAAGUGUGCGGGCUUAAAGAAACAGGAAACACACGAUGAGGUGGGCUCCCAGCGGUUCAGUGUCAACAUGCCCCACAAAUUCAGUAUCCACAACUAUAAAGUUCCUACUUUCUGUGACCAUUGCGGAUCCUUGCUUUGGGGUCUCUUGCGACAAGGUUUACAGUGCAAAGUCUGCAAGAUGAAUGUUCACCGGCGCUGUGAAACGAAUGUGGCGCCCAACUGUGGGGUGGAUGCGAGGGGGAUCGCCAAAGUGCUGGCUGACCUGGGCGUCACUCCAGAUAAAAUCACCAACAGUGGCCAGAGGAGGAAAAAGCUAAUUGCAGGUGCUGAGUCUCAGCAGCCAGUCCCUGGGAGCUCCCCAUCAGAAGAUGAUCGAUCCAAGUCAGCGCCUACCUCCCCUUGUGAUCAGGAAAUCAAAGAACUUGAAAACAACAUUAGGAAGGCCUUAUCAUUUGACAACCGAGGAGAGGAGCACCGGGCGGCAGCAUCGACAGAUGGUCAACUGGCCAGCCCUGGAGAGAAUGGAGAGGUCCGGCAGAGCCAGACAAAGCGGAUGGGCCUAGAAGAGUUCAACUUCAUUAAAGUGUUAGGCAAAGGAAGCUUUGGCAAGGUUAUGCUAGCAGAGCUCAAGGGCAAAGAUGAAGUGUAUGCUGUGAAAGUCUUAAAGAAAGAUGUCAUCCUUCAGGAUGACGAUGUAGAUUGCACCAUGACAGAAAAGAGGAUUCUGGCCCUAGCACGGAAACAUCCCUACCUAACACAACUCUACUGCUGCUUCCAAACUAAGGAUCGUCUCUUUUUCGUCAUGGAAUACGUAAAUGGAGGAGACCUGAUGUUUCAAAUUCAACGUUCCCGCAAAUUUGAUGAACCUCGAUCUCGAUUCUAUGCUGCGGAGGUCACAUCAGCACUCAUGUUCCUUCACCAACAUGGCGUCAUCUACAGGGAUUUGAAACUGGAUAAUAUUCUUCUUGACGCGGAAGGUCACUGUAAGCUGGCUGAUUUUGGGAUGUGUAAGGAAGGGAUUUUGAACGGCGUGACCACGACUACCUUCUGUGGGACUCCUGAUUACAUUGCACCAGAGAUCCUUCAGGAGUUGGAAUAUGGCCCCUCAGUGGACUGGUGGGCCUUAGGAGUGCUGAUGUAUGAGAUGAUGGCUGGGCAACCCCCCUUUGAAGCCGACAAUGAAGAUGACCUCUUUGAGUCCAUCCUCCAUGACGAUGUGCUCUACCCAGUAUGGCUCAGUAAAGAAGCUGUCAGUAUUCUCAAAGCAUUCAUGACGAAAAACCCCAAUAAGCGAUUGGGUUGUGUGGCGGCGCAGAGUGGGGAGGAAGCCAUCCGACAGCAUCCCUUUUUCAAGGAGAUCGAUUGGGUGCUGCUGGAGCAAAAGAAAAUCAAGCCUCCAUUCAAGCCUCGAAUUAAAACCAAAAGAGAUGUCAAUAACUUUGAUCAAGACUUUACCCGGGAAGAACCAGUCCUCACACUAGUUGAUGAAGCAAUUGUUAAACAGAUCAAUCAAGAGGAAUUCAAGGGAUUCUCCUAUUUUGGAGAUGAGCUGCUCCCUUAAGAAGCUGUCCCAGUAUACAUGAUUCAGGAGACUGCAGGAAGGAUUUCCACAAAAGGCAAAUUUCCUGAGAUUCAGUAAAUUCAUGAACUACUUCUGCCAAGAGCCCACAUCCCCACUUACAACUCUAUUUAUUGUAUUCCCACUCCCAUCUCCCUCAGGUUCAACCUAGCCCAGCCUGGCCCAUCUUCUACCUUGUGACCCAAAGGCACUUUUAGGUUCUGUCUCUCCAAGGAACACAAAAUCACUUUGUCUUAGAAAUUGUAGAUGUAACACACUGCCAUAUUUUUUACCAUUUGCAAGCCUGGUUUCACUUCUAGAGAUCACUUGUCAAGGAUGCAAAUUCCGUGCUUUUUACUGACCAGGAAAGAGGGAGGAGGAGAAAGAGGAGGCAGAGAAGAAGAAGAAGAUGAUGAUGACAAGAAGAAGAAAAGAAGAAAAAAGUUCAUUAUAUUUUUGGCAAUGGAAAAAUGGCAAAUCUCACUUCUUGUAACCUUGUAUCUCCAGAAAGGAAUCAUGUUAAUUUUUUUAAUGUUAAUUUGAUUUCUCAUUAAAAUGAAUUUGGAAUUAGUUGAACAUUUGAAAAAAAAUCAAAAUGGCUAAAGAUAGGAAACUCUUAAGAAGCUAUUAAAGGGCUAAAAUGUAAGGAGAAUCAAAUUAUCCAAAGUCAACACAAAACAUUCUAGCUUUAGUAGAGAGGGGUCUUCAUAGGGGUUUUCAUGUGUUUUCAGACAGAUGAACAUGCAGCCCUUCAUCCAGCUACCCAGAUUCUGCCUAAACACAUGUGCCAUUGGAGCGAGAGUCAAAAACAUUAGUGAUCUAGGGGAACCUCAGUUCCAAAAUGCUAUUCCUGGUUUUUGGUCCUCACGACCCUCCAUCAACUAUUUAUAUUUAUUUUUCACUGCAGUGUGUUACCUUUGCACACUUUUAUAAAAUCGUAGUACUACUAUGUUGUGUCGUGUGUGUGUAUGUGUGUGUUUUUAAUUAACUAUAUAAAACUGAAUCUUAAACCUCUGCUUUGGGAAGAAGCAGGAGAAAGCAAAACAUGGCGGAAGGUCAAGAUAUGUGAACUGUGACCAUGUGGCGGAGUGCAAGCAUAUGGCGGCAUGAAGUGGUAACUCAUGGGAAAGCCGCUAAAUGAAUGUGAAGUUACCUCCUGUAGAUACACUAACAGUGUUAUGGACUUUGAUUUCCAGGUAUUCAUCCCCUGUGAUUUUGUGUACUUAGAGCGCAGAGGUCAUUUGAUUAUCUAUUUUACUGAUUCCAUUGUGCAGCAGACAGAAUCCAUGCUCAGAAUUAGACGUGGAUUCCCCAGCUGCCCCUGCCCCCCCCCCCCGUAUACCUAUACAUAUAUAUAAAAAAUAUAUAUAUAAAAGUAUAUAUAUAUACAUAUAUAUAUACUUGUGAGUGGCAAAGUAGCCCCAAUAAAGCUUUUUGCCUUUUGUACAGGUGAGAUUUUUGUACAUAGUGUUUGCUGCAAGGCCUGUGGAAUUAAUUCAUUGAAUAUAGAGGUAUCAACUGCUGCAUGUCCAGGCAUAUUAUAAAACUUUAGUCUAUGAAAGAAUAAUUAUAAUGUCCAGGUGCAAUACUCUAUAUGUGUAUUGGUUCAAGUUACUGCCGGAAAGAUGGGGAUGUGUUUUUCAUUUCAUUCGUUUUAUUUGAAGAGAUGUAAACAUAUAUUAAGCUAUGCUCGAGCUCCUGUAUAGUUUUCUUAAACUCUGCUAGAUCAUGACCGUGAUAGGAAAGGGAGAGGCAUGCACCGGGGUGGGUGAUGGCGGCAGCAGAGACGAAGCCCACGGCUCCCAAGAGACAUUGUCUGCCUGGGUGUCCAUGAUCGAGUUUGUGUCCUUUUCACAUCCGGCUGGUCACAGCUUUUGUGACUAUUGAUAAUGUUCGGUUUGAAUUUGUUCUUUUAAAAACUCAGGUGUAAUUAUUAUAUAUUCUUAUGGUGAUUUCAAAUAUUAAAUAUUAUGCUAUUAUCAGUCUAUGUAUCUGUUGGCAUACAGGUGAAGUAAUGGAGCAAACAUUAGGCUAAUUUAAUUUAUCUUCAAUGACUUUAUAUCCUAGGGAAAGACUAUCUUCUGGCGUUGAGUACAAGCACAGAAACAUCUUAAUGGUUGCAUCAUCUCAUUUUUCGGACAACAUGAUAAUACUGCCCAUAAAUUUUCAUGUGUCACUACUGCUCUCUUUAUUUUUCUUUCCCCACCACAUCUAGGUUGGGACAUCUACCCAAGAACUGGCCGCCAUGUUGAGUGGCCUUGUCCCAGGGGACUAAAUAGCUAGGAAGAUGCCAUUUAUUUAUAGUCUUCUUCUAUUGAUAAAAUAGCUACAAGGCCUUCCUCCCAUAUGAUUAGAAGUUCUUUUGGGGUGCAGAGGAGAAAGAGUCUACAAAAUCCACCCCCAUCCCCCCAGCCUCCAAUGGACCCUCUCUGCCUUGCAGGGAAUUCAGUCCUCAUAAACCUUGUGUAUACACAAAGCCUCAGACUCUAUCUGAGUAUUCCACAGCAGAGUUUUCAUCCCAACAGUCAAUAAAUUAAUCUCUAUUGGAUUUCCAUUAGCAAGUUUGUCUAUUACCUUGAGUGUUUAUUAUUUUUACUCUUGAAAGAGAGAUUUCCUUAAAACGGACACACUGUUACAUUUCUGCCUACUCUUUUUCCUAUUUUCUAGUGACUAUGGGUCACAUACACUCUCUCUCUUUCUCUCUUUCAUCUCAUCUCUCUCUUUUUCCAAGGGAAAACACACACACACACACACACACACACACACACACACACACACACAACCCCACCACCAGAGUUCAGCAUGCCUCCAGAUAAGAAUAGCUGUCUGUCCUCUUACAUGCUUUCAAUAUGGACUUUAAGUGGAAAUAAUAUUUUCCCCAAAGGUAAAAAAAAAUCUCUCUCUCUCUGUCUCUCUCUCUCUCUCUCUCUCUCUCUCUCUCAAAAAGGCUCAGAAAUUACCUCUUUUUAAAUUAUGUGCAAAAUAGUUCCAGCUAAUAGAAAAUGUAUUCAGUUUUAGGGACUUUUUUUUUUGUAUUGUGAUGCUUUAUUUGUACAGGAUUUUCUCUUUUGUGGAUGUAAUUUGAAUUUCUUGCCAUUCAUUAGUGUUAUUUUCAUUGUAAACAUGACUGUGCCAAAUGUACUGUAUUCAAAAGGAUGUGAAUGUGUAUGUUUCAGAACCUAAUAAAUACAACUGAUGUUCAAUCUUA